CUGUUUAAGUAUCAUGUGCUUAAUGUCUUAUUCUUGGUUUUUAAUUUCCGUUAUAAUUAUAAACUGCGUUAACUAAUAGUUUAAUAAUGUUAUGUUAUGUACGGCGAGGUAGAAUACUAAACUAACUGUAAUAAAUUCCGCGAAAUUGACGUUGAUUUGGUGCUUAUAGAGUUAAACGAUUCUUUUGUGAAGAAAUACAGUAAGGAUCAGGUGCUACGAAAACGAAACAUAUAGACAAAAAUCAAGUCCAACCAUUUGUAUAAUAUGGAUACACGUUUCGACUAAAUGGCAUCGCCAGUCUCUUUUCUCUACAACAGUAGAAAUAUACAUUAACUUUAGUUAUGUUAGAUACACUGUACUCACUAAAACGUAUAAUGUACUCCAACGAGGCGAUGUUUAUGCAACUUUUAUUUCAAUUCUGGCAAUACUUAUUUUGCAACUUGGCUAAAACACAUUAAAUCUAGUCCUCUUAGCUAAACUGUCCUACUAACUGAAACGUAUAUUGUCCUCCAAAACGAGGCAAAAUUUCUGCAAUUUUCUCUUAUUUUAACUUCGGCAGUAAUCAUUUACACAUAAAUCUAGUUAUGUUAGGUACACUGUACUAUCUGAAACGUAUAUUGUACCUAAGUACUAAUGGUGCGGUAGCUUGUACAUCGACCCUAGCUACAACCAGUCGACUGUAUUGUGCGAUGCGACAACACCGGAUAUAAUUCGCUGAACAGCAGUUUGCCUAUGCGAACAGUCUGUAUAAAAAGCAGCGAAGCCAGAAUGAUUCACGACACAAACCCUAAACAUCCUUUCGUUUCUGUGCAACUAAGCAUGGUAAAAUCGUAUGCGGUUUUUGUAUGUAAAAAACAUUGUACAAAAUACGACAAUGUGACUAGAUUAACUGUUAUAAAAUACAGAACUGGUCGAUUCUUAAAACAGCAGUCCUCUCGGAUCUUUCUGCUGCUUUUCGUAACGUUUACAUAGCUGUAACGUUCCAGCGUCACAUCAUGUAUAGAUGUAUGAGUAAAUUCUGUAUGAAUAAUUGUAAACAACGAAAUAUGAUAUACUCUACAGGUGUUACACAUAUGCACAAAAUGCCAAUUGAAAUAAUUUUGGAUCAAAAGAGUUCGAUAUUUCGACCCGGUGACAUCGUGUCUGGAUUUGUCACAGUCUUAUUUAAAAACGAAUUGAGCACAUCAGAAAUUGAGUUAGAAUGUUCAGGUAAAGUUACUAUUGCUGGCAGAGAUGGUUUAAACGGCUGCCAAAGCUUAUUCAGAACUGUACAAACACUUACGGCAGAGGGCGACCCUUCACUUAACGAGGUGCCGAGCUUUACUUUUAGACAACGUUUACCCACCCUGUUACCUCCGUCAUACGCCACAGUAGAUAAUGAAGUGUCGGUGCAGUACAAGGUUGAAGCAAGAAUGAAACGUCCAUGGGAAUACGGAGACGUUACUGUUAGCACCGAGAAAAUAUUGUACAUUGUCACCGUACAGGAAUUGUAUCCCCGACACUUGGAACGUGUAGCAUCUCGACACAAAGUUCAAUCCAUUUUAUUCUGUUGUUGCAUUCCAACCAUGGAUAUCACAUUUAAUCUGAGCAAAAACGGAUUUGUUGCUGGAGAAGACAUCGAGAUUGAAGCUAUUGUAAAUAAUAAAAGGUAAACAAUAUUUAUACUUCAGAAUUAGUUAAAAAUCUUGCAAACAAAAAAACCACGAACUUUUACGAAAAUUGUAGAAUGUAAGAUUUUAACCAAAAAUGAACGAACGGGUAAGAUGGAAUCUGUGUUCAUUACCUUUUCUCGUUACAUUUGGUAGUAAACAAGAAAUCAACUACUAAUCAACGACUCUAAAAGCUUAAGAGUUACAUAAUCUCAAAAGUGAAUCGGGAGUGAAAAAUAAGCUGUUUUACUGAUUUUUUUGCUACUGUAUAAAACAGUGGGGUAAGAUGGCAUAUAUCAUUAUUCCCAAAACUCAGUAGCCUACUUCUUUAAUCGAGUUUUAAACAAUUCUGUAAACAUACUUUAUUAACACCAAAUGGGGGGAAAGAGAACGAAAACAGGUCUCAUCUUACCCCACCCUAUACUAUACAAUUAAU